AAAGAAAUAUACAAACAUACAAGUAAGGCUCUGGUAUCGUUAGUGAAACAAGUAUACGUUUGUGUCGUGCAACAAAUAAAAGUAGGAGAGAGAAACACAAACCCACCACAACAAACAAACACUAUUUCUUAAACACCAUUCAUAGCUCUACUUUUUGAACAACCAUUUUUUUCCUCAAAAAUUCACAAAAUAAAAAAAAUGCAACCAUUUUUUCUCUAAAUUUGAUAACAUUUAGUGUCUAAAUUAGCAUAUAAUUUCAAUUUACACCCAUUAAAAAAAUUAGAAUGAGGAUUAGGAAAAGAAAGGUUCCAUUACCAAUAUCUCUUCUUUCUCCAAUACCUCUUUCAGAUCUUCACCUUCUCAGCCAGUCUCCGGUCAUGGUGGUGCAAACUGAUGCACCAACAACUUCGUCUUCUAUCAGUAUCACCCAUGAUCAUCAUAACUGUUCUCAGCCGUCUGAUUGUUUUAAUCCUACAUGCUCUGAUCUGCACCGUCUGAUUGGUGAUAAAUCAGCUACUACUGAUGUUAUGGAAUUUAAAGGAGUACGAACUAGCAAUGAUGAUGCCAGCAACAUAAACUCGAUAACAACAACAAAGAGUGGUACAGCACCAGCAGAAGAUAAAAAUUAUAAUGUUUUUGAUCAAUCUCUCUCCUAUAAUAUUGAAGGAAAAUGGUGUGAUGAUGAAAAAGAAAUUCCACUAAAAAGGAGAAAAGGGAUCAAUUUCAGCAACUCAUUUGAAAAAUCAUCUGUAGGAGUAGUUAUCACUGAAGCUGACAAAGAUGCAAGUGCAACAAUGAUGUCAAUGAAGCAACAUGGUCUCAAAAUUGGACAAACAAAAGAUAACGGAAAAAACAAUAUAAACAACGAAGAUGAAGAAAAACAAAAACAAGCAACCCAAAACAACAAUAGUGUGAGUGCAAAGAAAGGAAACAGCAAAAGAGGAAACACAAUAAUGGAAGGUUCUAGAUGCAGCCGUGUAAAUGGAAGAGGAUGGAGAUGUUGUCAACCGACACUUGUAGGUUACUCUCUUUGUGAGCAUCACUUAGGGAAAGGAAGACUUAGAAACAUGCAACCUAGUACAAGUAUUAAGACCAAGUCUUGGAACAACAAAAAGAAGAGAAACUUCAACAAUGGACUAAUUAAUAAUCGUGCGUUAAGACGAGAUAAUGUGAAAGAUCUUGGUGUAGUUAAAGCUCGAUCGCUAAGUAGUUUGUUGGGCCAAACAAAUCCGCAUGAAUGAUCGAUAAACAGUUAUAAGGUAGGCUGAACACUCAUUUCUAUUUAUGUGCUGUAUUAAUUCGGUUGUCAUGCAUUUUUGUGGUUUGUAUGUUAUACUGAAGGGUUUUCAAGCAAUUAACGUUAACCAUAACUUAGACAAACCCGAACCUAUAUUUGUUUGUUGAAUGCCGAUGGCAUUGAGUUAUCAAUACACUAGCUAUAUUAUAUCAUAAGGAUUCUUGGGUUAGGAUUAUGGGGUAGAAGUAUUAUAUGAUUUGAAUAAUGAAUUGUAUGAUUUAUUUUUUGACGUUGGUGCAACUUUUAUACCAUUAUAUGCUGUAAUUUAUCAAAGAUUGGUGCUAUUUUUUCAUGCAUUGUGUUUGAUGUAGCUUUAAUUAUUAAAUAAUUUGUUUUAAUUAUUGUACAUACAUGAUGAUUAGAGUUGUGUAACGGGACGAGGGCUGAGGCUAUCCGACCCUUAAAAAUGAGAGUUUUAAAUGAACAAGUCCCUUUAUUUAUUAAAAAAGAGUUAAAAACAGGCUGUAUACGAACUUUAAACAAGCCUUUAUUAUUAAUUUUUGCUUAAAUUAUGACUCAUAACUUUAGAUUUAUAAUCGUCACUAGUCUAAUUAUAAUUUACAAAAACAAAUAAUUAAGAUAAAAAGCAUUUUAGCUAAUCUAACAUGCUUAUUUAAAUGAAGAUUUUUUAAAAUAAAAUUAUAAAUAGGUUAAAUUUGGAGAGCUAACUGUUCGGGCUACCUUAUUUGGUUCAUUUCACAGGUCUAAUUUUGAUCAAGGAAAUUAAAUGCCCGUUAAAUUAAAUGUUGUCUAUGUUUGGCGCAACCAUCUCAAAUGUAGUUUGUAUUUAUGGUUGUACUCUUAUUCAUGUAAGUGAGCAUUAUUGGAUUUAUUUUGGUGUGAACAAGUAGAUUUUAAUGUGUUAGUCAUCAUUAUUAUUUAUUAAUACAUAACUAAUAGAUAUAAACAGGCAGCGCUUUAAAUGGUCGGACUCUAAAGUCUAAACGGGUCUUCUAUUUACAAAAAUGGAGCGAGUAAAAGACAUUCAAUUUGAAUUAUUGUACAAAGUGAUCUUAU